UUCCCCGCCUAACGUUUCUAGGGACACUAUUCACUCCAAGUCUCUUCCCUUUCCAAUCCGCUUCCGAAGUGCUCCCGGUGCCCGCGACUUCUGAUCCCAAAAGCAGAGAGGAGUCUCUCCCAACUCCUAACCCUGUUUUCAUUUUCCUUCGCUUUCCUCCUCGUUCGCAACCUCCACCUCCUCCACCACCUCUACCUCCGGCACCCACCCACCGCUGCCGCCGCCACCGCCACCGCCACCAGCAGCGCCUUCUUCUCUCCUCCUCCUCCCCUCUUCUCUCUUUUUGGCAGCCGCUGGACGUCCGGUGUUGAUGGUGGCAGCAGCGGCAGCAUAAGCAGCAGCAGCCCUCGCCGCACGCCAGCUCUUGCCUCACCCUGCCUCAUCCUCCAGCCUCUAUCACCCAAUCUUCCGAAAGGUGCUGGUCAGAUUUGGGGCCGCUGAGGCGAAGCGGUUGCAGCGGCGGUAGCGGCGGCGGCGGCGGCGGCGGGAGGCAGGAUGAGCGCACGAGGUGAAGGCGCCGGGCAGCCGUCCACUUCAGCCCAGGGACAACCUGCCGCCCCGGCGCCUCAGAAGAGAGGACGCGGCCGACCCAGGAAGCAGCAGCAAGAGCCAACUGGUGAGCCCUCUCCUAAGAGACCCAGGGGAAGACCUAAAGGCAGCAAAAACAAGAGUCCUUCUAAAGCAGCUCAAAAGAAAGCAGAAGCCACUGGAGAAAAACGGCCAAGAGGCAGACCUAGGAAAUGGCCACAGCAAGUGGUUCAAAAGAAGCCUGCUCAGGAGGAGACUGAGGAGACUUCCUCGCAAGAGUCUGCGGAAGAGGAUUAGGGGACGCCAACCUUCGAUUUCUACCUCAGCAGCAGUUGGAUCUUUUGAAGGGAGAAGACACUGCAGUGACCACUUAUUCUCUAUCGCCAUGGUCUUUCCACUUUCA